AUGGUCACCGGUUCCAUGAUGAGCGCGCCGAUACAGCCCAACGAAGUCCGGAUCGACCACGAUGCAACGGCCGCGAGCCGGAAGCAGCAAGCCAACGCAGCAGUGGCUCGAGCCAAUGUCGACAACCUACGAGAUGACCCAGAAGCUCGAGCGGCGUUUCUUUCGACGUUUUCUGCGGAAGAGGAAAGGUCUGUCAUCAAGAAAGUUGACAGGGCCUUCCUGGUUCUCAUCGGCGUGAUGUUCAUGAUCAAGCAGCUCGGCAUGCUAACGAGUUUCCAGAUUGACCAAACCAAUGCUGCAAAUGUUCGGGUGUUGCAAGCGGGGGAGUCGCGAAAUAUCAUGCAAGAGCUCGACAUGACGUCUGAUCAAUACAACUGGGUUGGAUCCAUCUACGGCGUAAGUGACUACCGAAGCUCAUGA